AUGGUUGGUUCUUUGACGUUAAUAUGCCAGACUCGACCACGGUGGAACGACACGGAGUCAACCUGUGUCGGAGACUGCGGCGACCUGGCUAGGCCUACAAAUGGCGACGUUAGUUACACUGACACGAUUGUGAACUCGAGAGCUGCUAACACCUGCACUGAUGGCUUCCGCCUGAGUGUCAUCGACGCUUGUGAGGGUGUCACUUGUAUGAACGGGGCCAAGUGUAUGGCUGCAACAGGGGGCUACAAAUGUGUAUGCCCAACUGGGUACACUGGACCCUUUUGCGAAACAGACAUUGAUGAGUGUAACCCUAAUCCCUGCAUACACGGCUCGUGCGCUGAGACCAGGCUUGGCGACUUAACUUGUACCUGCAAAGUUGGAUACACGGGAAACACGUGCGACGAAGAAAUAAACGAGUGUAUCCCCGAUCCGUGUGAACACGGCACGUGCAAAGACCUCCUUGCAGAUUAUGAAUGCGCAUGCCAAGCCGGCUACACGGGCAAAGACUGUUCCAAAGAUAUUGACGAAUGCUUCUCGUCUCCAUGCGAACAUGGAACGUGCGUUAAUUUGGUGAACAGUUACAAGUGCAGGUGCGAUGUUGGAUACUCAGGCGCAAACUGCAACCAAGACAUCAACGAUUGUGUAAAUCACCUGUGUUCAAACGGGGCUAUCUGUAUCGAUCAAGUGGGAGACUACACAUGUAAAUGUACGGCGGGAUUUUCAGGCAAAUACUGCGAUGAUAAUUGCCCAGAACCGGUAGUCCCCGAGAACGGACUCCUAAACACGUCGGAAGGACUGGGAGUUGGGAAUACUAUCUACUACUCGUGCAAGGAUGGGUACGAACUGGUGGGGAAGGCACAAAGGACAUGUGGGACCACUUCCACGUGGAGCGGCACUGAACCUACGUGCCUCAUACAGUGCCCGAUAUUGGAGCCGAUAACAAAUGGCGAUGUAGACAUGUCUUUGGGUCGCCACGAGGGCUCCCAGGCAACUUACUUCUGCGAGAACAACUACGCGCUCAUUGGUUACCCCGUUAUGACUUGCGAGUCAAGCGGCGUGUGGGGCGGCAAGAAACCGGGCUGUGUCUUUGCCAUGUUUCCGGACACAUUGCUGGCCUUUGGCGUUGUCCUUAUUAUCCUGGCAAUAGUGGACGUGUUUGUGUUGGCGAUCUGCGUCUACUACAAGUUCUGCAGAAAGAAGCCACCACAGACGCCAUCCAAACCGUACCCUGAUGACCUUUUUGCCGACGGGGAGGGUGCAGUCCCACCGCGGGAUAGUACCAUGCCACCGUUUUCAAGGAAACAGAAGUUCUCCAAGGUGACGCCGGAUGACGACCAUCCGCCCCCUCAUUCCGUGGACGAACCGAACGUGGUGUACCGGUCCACGAUGAAGAUGAACGACAAGGUGCUGGACACCAUCUUCUCGAAGGGAAGCAAGUACCGCCGGCAAAUAGAAGCCGAAGAAAGGACCCCGUAUCUGGACGAUGACGUCAUUAAUGACAAGGGCUACAACACCGAGAACAGUAACUCCAACGAGGACGCUCACUCGGAAGUGUUUGACAAGCAUCUGGACCUAACGCAUCCCUCCCCAGGCCCGCAAAAGUCACCAAGAGAGAAGCGCAAACAAGAAGAGCCCGAGGAAGAAGAGGAAGAAGACGAGGGACGUUUCCGGUUCCGGUUGCGCGGUCCACCACCAAGCAUAACUGAUUCGCUCUUCAAAGAAAAGGAAACGUCACUCACCGCAGACGAAAAACGGAGGUCAAAGAGCGCGUUACCGAGCUAUCGAUUGCAACAGAAAAAUGUUUUGAAAUGAACACUUUCAAUAUGUGAAAAUAUGUACAUGCAUGAUAACCAAAGAUGAGCAAAAGGUUAACAUCGAUAAGAUGUUCUAUUUUUAAGUAUGCUAACAUAUGUGAUUA